CUAGCAUUUCUAAUCAAUUAAGCCCACCUCAUAAUCUGCAACCAUGAAGUGGGUAACGUUAAUUUCCUUUCUUUUCCUCUUUAGUUCUGCUGCAUCCUGGAAUCUGCAAAGAGUUGCUCGAGACACAGAGCACAAGAGUGAGAUUGCCCAUCGCUACCGUGAUUUGAAGGAAGAGACAUUUAAGGCAGUUACCAUGAUCACAUUCGCCCAGUAUCUCCAGCGAUGUUCUUACGACGGGCUGUCUAAGCUGGUGAAGGAUGUCGUUGACCUGGCACAGAAGUGCGCGGCCGACGAGGACGCUCCUGACUGCUCGAAAUCACUGCCCUCCAUUUUCCUGGAUGAAAUCUGCCAAGUGGCAGCGCUCCACGAGUCCUAUGGUGCCAUGGCCGACUGCUGUAGUAAAGCUGAUCCGGAGCGAAACCAGUGUUUCCUGUCCUUUAAAGUUGCCCAGCCAGACUUCGUUCAGCCCUACCAGAGACCAGCUUCUGAUGUGAUAUGCAAGCAGUACCAGGACGACCGGGUGUCGCUGCUGGGACAUUUCAUCUAUGCUGUUGCAAGAAGACACCCCUUCCUGUAUGCCCCAAGCAUCCUCGCCCUGGCUGCUGAUUACGAACACGCGCUUCAAAGCUGUUGCCAACAGAGCGAUAUCGGUACUUGCUUGGAUGAAAAGGCAGCUGCCAUAAAAGAAAAAGCCAAGAAGGUCAGCAUGAAGCAGCAAUACGGUUGUGGAAUCCUCGAGAAGCACGGCGAGAGAAUUUACAAAGCAUAUAAACUUGCUCACUUGAGCCAGAAAUAUCCCAAUGCUCCGCUCUCCGAAAUUGUUAAAAUUGUGAAAGAAAUUAAGGGUAUCACCAAAGAGUGCUGUGAAGGGGACAUGGUAGAGUGCAUGGAUGACAGGGCAGAGCUUAUGACCUAUAUCUGCUCUAAGCAAGAUGUUUUCUCAAGUAAAAUCAAACACUGCUGUGAGAAGCCAGUUGUGGAACGAAGCGAGUGCAUUAUCCAGGCUGAUGCUGAUGACAAACCUGAAGAUCUUCCUUCACUGGUUGAAAAAUACAUACAAGAUAAGGAAGUGUGUAAAAGCUUUCAGGCAGAUCACGACGGGUUCCUGUCAUCGUUUGUUUAUGAAUACUCACGAAGACACCCUGAGUUGUCCUCGCAGCUGAUUCUCAGAGUUGCUAAGGGCUAUGAAACACUCCUGGAAAAGUGCUGCAAAACAGACAGCCCUGCUGAGUGCUACGCAAGCGCUCAAGAGGAAUUGGACAAACAUAUCAAAGAAACUCAGGAGGUUGUCAAGACAAACUGCGAGCUCCUCACUACCCACGGCGAGCAGGACUUUCUUAAGGCACUUCUGAUCCGCUACACCAAGAAAAUGCCUCAGAUGUUGACCGAUACCUUGCUUGACAUCGGAAAGAAAAUGACAGGCAUCGGCAAGAAGUGCUGCCAGCUUGCUGAAGACAAACGCCUGCCUUGUUCUGAGGGAUAU